AUGAAACAGAAAAAGGGAGACGAGGUGAUAUUUGACGAAAACGACAGAGAACAAUAUCUCCUGGGUUUUCACAAAAGAAAGCAGCAGAAAAAGAUCGAUUACCUUACAAAGAAGGCACUACGAGACAAAAAGAAUCGUGUGCUCGAAAAAAUGGCCAGAAAACGGAACCUUAUUCGCAGAGAGAAAGAACUGGGGUUGCUGGAGCCAGAGGGUACUCGAUCUACAGUGACAUCACAGCACGACGUGCAAGACAAGUUUUCAAAAGAUAUGUUUGGUACAGACCAGGUCACGGUGACUGUCGAAUAUGAAGGGGACGAUCCGAACGCUUCGCAGGAACCAGAGCAGGAGCAGCAGCCGGAGCAACCCGAAGUGGACGACGAGACGCUCCUGAACAAUGACGAUAUGGAUUUAAACGAGAAGGAGGAAGAGCUGGAUGAGGAAGAAAAGGCGGUUUUGGAGAGUGUAACUCUUUCUGAGAAGGAGAUGCGUAAGAUCCGGGAGCAGGCAGGGUCCAAGAAGAGUAAGAAGGGCAAGAAAUCCCGUCGGAGAAAGCACCAUUAG